AUGGAGCUCCGUCGCCGUUCCCACGACGGCACCUCCUCCUCCUCCUCAUCCUCUACCACCGACAACACACAAUCCCCAUCUCCAGCGGUCAAAGCUUCUGACGCCCUCCCCCUCCCGCUCCACCUCACGAACGUGGUCUUCUUCACUCUCUUCUUCUCCCUCGCUUACUACCUCCUUCACCGCUGGCGCGAUAAGAUGCGCUCAUCCUCCCCACUCCACUUACUCACCCUCUCCGACAUCGCCGCCAUCUUCGCCCUCGUCGCUUCCUUCAUCUACCUCCUCGGCUUCUUUGGCAUCGACUUCGUCCAAUCCUUCAUAGCUGCUCGCCCAUCCGACAUUGACCUCCCCGAACCCUCUUCCUCCUCUCCAUUCCCCAAAUCAACCCAACCGGACCCCUUGGUUCCCUCAAUUUCCUCCGACGAUGACGCUGACAUCGUCGAUUCGGUUCUCGCCGGCACCGUCCCCUCUUACUCACUUGAGUCCCGCCUGGGGGACUGCCGCCGUGCCGCGGCGAUCCGUCGGGAGGCACUGCAGAGGAUGACCGGGAGGUCCCUCCAGGGGUUGCCGUUGGAAGGGUUCGAUUAUGAAUUGAUUUUGGGACAGUGCUGCGAAAUGCCGGUGGGGUAUGUGCAGGUUCCGGUGGGGGUGGCGGGGCCGCUGCUUCUGGACGGAGUGGAAUACACGGUGCCGAUGGCGACAACGGAGGGGUGUUUGGUGGCAAGCACCAAUAGAGGGUGUAAGGCUAUAUAUGCAUCUGGUGGGGCCCACAGCGUUGUGCUGAGGGAUGGGAUGAGUAGGGCGCCUGUCGUCAGAUUCGCGUCGGCCAACAGGGCUGCCGAGCUCAAGAUCUUCUUGGAGGAUCCUCUCAAUUUUGAUACGUUGGCUGUCGUUUUCAACAGGUCGAGUAGAUUUGCCAGGCUUCAACGUAUUCAUUGUUCUAUUGCCGGGAAGAAUGUUUAUGCGAGAUUUACCUGUAGCACUGGUGAUGCCAUGGGGAUGAACAUGGUUUCCAAAGGGGUGCAGAAUGUCCUUGAUUACCUUCAAAAUGACUUCCCUGACAUGGAUAUUAUCGGCAUCUCUGGAAAUUACUGUUCGGACAAGAAACCCGCUGCAGUAAAUUGGAUUGAGGGACGUGGGAAGUCAGUUGUUUGUGAAGCAAUUAUCAAAGAAGAUGUGGUGAAGAAGGUAUUGAAGACCAAUGUAGCUGCCUUGGUGGAGCUUAAUAUGCUCAAAAACCUUGCUGGCUCUGCUGUUGCUGGUUCUCUUGGUGGAUAUAAUGCCCAUGCCAGCAACAUUGUUUCUGCUGUUUUUAUAGCCACUGGUCAAGAUCCAGCACAAAAUGUUGAGAGUUCCCAUUGCAUAACCAUGAUGGAAGCCGUAAAUGAUGGGAGAGACCUUCAUAUCUCAGUGACUAUGCCUUCCAUUGAGGUAGGUACAGUCGGGGGUGGGACUCAACUUGCAUCUCAGUCAGCUUGCUUGAAUCUGCUUGGCGUGAAGGGUGCGAGCAAGGAUUCACAAGGAUCAAACUCAAGACUCUUGGCCACCAUUGUUGCUGGAUCCGUUCUAGCAGGGGAGCUGUCUCUGUUGUCUGCUAUCGCUGCAGGGCAGUUAGUCAAGAGCCACAUGAAAUACAACAGAUCAUGCAAAGAUAUAUCUCAAGUGUCAUCCUGAGGAGGAGUACGUGGUUCCCAGUCGUUACUUGUAAUGCCACUUGAUGAGAGGAAAAUGGAAGACUUCGUAUUGUUUUGGCACCCAUGUGAAGGUUAUUUGGUUUGUAACGCUGUCGGUGAAUGUGAAGUUAUUAAUUCUUUGGUGGAAAGCAGAGCUCUUUCUGUUUUGGUGAGACCUCUCUGGACCAUUCACUGUGCAAGUUUGAUAGCUUAUUUGGAGACUCAGAUGGAUCUUAACACUA